GCGGGAUUUAUCCGCUUCUUAGAACGCUGGUGUAGCCAUUUUUCUUGUGUGACUGUAAGGCAGAUAGCUGAUUGAGGCUUUCUACAACACUGCUUCAAGGAUGGUCAAGAUCUUCAUUGGGAAUGUCCCUCGGGAGGCAGACAAGGAUGAAAUCCAGGCACUCUUCUCACAGUAUGGUGCUGUCACAGAAUGCGCCAUCGUCAAGAAUUUUGCCUUCGUCCACAUGGAUGACCGUAAGUCUGCCACCAAAGCCAUCCGCAGCCUGCACCUCUACAAGUUGCAUGGCACGGCGAUAAACGUUGAGGCUAGUCGCGGUAAAAACCAGGGAGCCGUCAAACUCCACGUGACAAACGUGGAGAAAGGCAACGAUGAUGAGCUCCGCACUUUGUUCGAGGAGUACGGCACAGUCUCUGAAUGUGCUAUUGUCAAAAACUUCGCGUUUGUGCACAUGGACAACUCCGACGAGGCUUUGGAUGCCAUCAAGGGAUUAGACAAUGUCGAAUUCCAGGGGAAACGUAUCCAUGUCCAGAUAUCAAAGAGCCGUCCCAGGUACGAGGAGGAAGAAGACUACCCCCCACCUCAAAGGGGGGGAUACUGGCCCCCCCGUGGCUACCCCGGGGAGAGGCAUGAUCCUCCACCCCCUAGCUAUCUAAGAGGUCGUCACCCACCCCCUCAUCAUGGGUACCCUGCCCCCCCUCCACCACCCCCUCCCCCUAGACGAGCCCCUUACCCAGAGCGUGCUUAUGAGCGCGAGAGGGAGAGCUAUGCCGUGGUGGAUUACUAUGAGAAAUACAGGGCUCGCCCUGCCGCUUACGGCAUAAUGUCCUAUGAUGAGAGGCGUGUAGGCUCCUUACCCCCUCCUCCCCCGCCCCCCUCUUCCAUGGUCAGGGAGCGUUUCAUGGCCUCUGGCCUCGAUCCAUAUGAGCGUCGCCCUCUCCCUCCUCCCCCGUCUGCGUACUACGCCAGGGACCGCAGUCCCAUUCGGAGGGCCCCUCCUCCCCCCAUGCCACCCGCCGGUAACGGUUACUCCUAUGAGCGUUCCCGACUCUCACCCGUCUCUCGCCCCGCGAUGUACAACCUACCACGUACCAGAGACCCCUACGCCGACAGGUUGCCGCCGCCGCCACCGGCCCGCUAUUACUAAGCAGCGUACACCGGCGUUUGACUCAAGGUUUAAAUAUUUCAACAAGAUCUGCGUCCUCGUCACCGCCGUCGUCUCCUGAUGCACGCAGCGAUUUACCCCCCCGUCUGGUUGAGCGCGUUUCGUUCUCCUGCAACGCUCUCAGGAGGAAUUGUAAUGCAUGACCCCUCGUCAUCUAAAACACUUUUAUUACACUCGUAUUGUUUUGCCCUUUUUUGUUUUGUAUUUUAGUAUUGUGCUUUAGCUACAUUUAUAGUCUCUGGCUCUCAGAAGCCUUUUAGUCAGUCGUUUUUUUUAUUUUUUAUUUUACGUCCUUGAUAUACUGUAACGUGU